UGAUUAGUUCUUCAGCAACAUGAGCUUUUCCCUCACACUUCCCCAGGUUUCAAGUGAUCAGCUUAUUGUCGUCCCACUCUCGCUCUUGCCCCGAGCCAGCCGUAAUUGUUCCAUUACCAACUCCGGGUCUCCUCACGGGAUCCACUUCUCCACGCGUGCCUCGGCCGAUAGACUCUCGUCGGCUUCUGCGCUGCUGCCCCAGAAUCCCCUCUCACCUCGAACUCCCCAGUACCCGUCCGCGGUUCCCAUUCCAUAAAAUCGCAAGCCCCCCUUCAUCUCUGCUUCUUUUCUUUCUCCUCCCCCCACUUUCACCCUCCCUCCCUUCCUCCCUUUGGAUCCUCUCACACAUUAGCCAACACACAAUAUGGCAGCUCCCCAAGUCAUUGUGGUCGGCGGUGGAUUGUCUGGUCUGAGUGCCGCUCACACCGUCUACCUGAACGGCGGAAAUGUUCUCGUUCUCGACAAGCAAGCUUUCUUCGGUGGCAACUCAACCAAGGCCACCUCCGGCAUCAACGGUGCUCUCACUCGCACCCAGGUCGACCUCGGCAUUGGCGACAGCGUCAAGGCCUUCUACGAGGAUACCCUCAAGUCCGCCCGUGAUAAGGCCCGUCCAGACCUGAUCAAGGUCCUGACCUACAAGUCCGCCGCCGCCGUCGAGUGGCUGCAGGAUGUCUUCAAUCUCGAUCUCACCCUGGUCUCCCGUCUGGGCGGCCACUCCCACCCCCGCACACACCGUGGCCACGAUGCCAAGUUCCCCGGUAUGGCCAUCACCUACGCCUUGAUGCAGCGCCUCGAGGAGCUCGCCGAGUCCGAGCCUACCCGUGUCCAGAUCGUGAAGAAGGCCCACGUUACCGCCGUGAACAAGUCCGGCAACGAUGUGACCGGUGUCACCUACACUCUCAACGGCGAGACCAAGACGGCCGACGGUGUUGUCAUUUUGGCUACCGGUGGUUACGCCGCUGACUUCAGCGACACCUCCCUCCUCAAGAAGCAUCGUCCCGAUACCUAUGGGCUGUCGUCCACCAACGGCACCCACGCCACCGGUGACGGUCAGAAGAUGCUCAUGGAGAUUGGAGCUAACGGCAUUGACAUGGACAAGGUCCAGGUCCACCCUACCGGUCUGGUCGACCCCAAGGACCCCAACGCCAAGUUCAAGUUCCUCGCUGCCGAGGCCCUCCGUGGUGAGGGUGGUCUCCUGCUCAACUCGGAUGGCCAGCGGUUCUCUGACGAGCUGGGUCACCGUGACUACGUUUCCGGUCAGAUGUGGAAGGAGAAGGAGAAGGGCAAGUGGCCCAUCCGCCUGGUCCUGAACAGCAAGGCCUCCAAGGUCCUGGACUUCCACACCCGCCACUACUCCGGCCGUGGUCUUAUGAAGAAGAUGACCGGCAAGGAGCUCGCUGCCGAGAUUGGCUGCGGCGAGGCAGCCCUCAAGAAGACCUUUGACGAGUACAACCUCAUUGCCGAUGGCAAGAAGAAGGACCCCUGGAACAAGAAGUUCUUCCACAACCUCCCCUUCUCCAUUGACGACGAAUUCCACGUCGCUCUCAUGGAGCCUGUCCUCCACUUCACCAUGGGUGGUAUUGAGAUCAACGAGCACUCCGAGGUCCUGAAUGGCGAGAAGAAGCCCUUCAACGGCCUGUACGCUUGCGGUGAGCUGGCCGGUGGUGUCCACGGUGCCAACCGUCUGGGUGGUUCCUCCCUGUUGGGCUGUGUCGUCUACGGUCGUGUCGCCGGUGACUCUGCCUCGCAGCACCUCUUCAAGAAGCUCAUCUCCACCGGCUCCUCCGGUGCCCAGCAGCGUCUCGGCCAGAUCUCCCUGCACAUUGACCCCUCCACCCCCGGCAAGAUCUCCGUCGAGUGGACCGGUGCCCCUGCUGGCGGUAACCUGCCCAGCGUCACCGCUGCCCCCGGCGCAGCUUCUGCUGCUGCUGCCACUCCCGCUGGCGAGGACACCUCUGCCAAGGCCGACCCGGUGGCUAGCUUCAAGAUUCCCGAGAAGGAGUUCUCCAUGGAGGAGAUCGCCAAGCACAACAAGAAGGACGACCUGUGGAUCGUCGUCAAGGGUAUUGUCCUGGACGUGACCAACUGGUUGGACGAGCACCCCGGUGGUGCCAACGCUCUGUUCAACUUUAUGGGUCGUGAUGCUACCGAGGAAUUCGCCAUGCUCCACGACGACGAGGUCAUCCCCAAGUAUGCCGCCCAAACCGUCAUCGGUCGCGUCAAGGGACAGACCCCCAGCCUGGAGCUGUAAGCGUCUGUCAGCCUUGGCAUAUAAAAUAGCUGGGCCCAUGACUCGCGUCUCCAACUUCACUAUUAACGACUUUCUAAAUUCCAUACCCCCUUGGCCCCAUCCUGUCUUGUCUGAUCUUGUCUCUUUGCUUCAAUUUUGGCUUGUUGGUUCAUAAGCUGAUUUGAUGAUGAUAAAUGUGUGCACCUCCCCGAUAUUGUGGGGGUGUGUCUUGAUCUUGUAACAUAUCAUACCACCAUUUUUACCUUUCUUGGAAUACCAUUUCUAGAGUGAUAUCUAUCGUUCCGUGUGUAGUGUCUCAUGUGUCAUGUCUGAAAAGUCUGUAGCAAAUCCGCUUUAUGCUCUCGAUGGCUGCCGAG